UCCUCAGUCACGGAUAGAGCGUCGGGGUGACAACGUCGGCGUUACGACGCUUUUCAACAUUAUUCCCGCGGUUUUCGAGUUUGAAACUUUAUAUGUACGUGCAAGCAUCAUAAAAUAAACUCCGGAAAAACACAAAAAAAAGUAGUGCCAUAUUUAUCAAUUAAAACAUUUAGUGCAUUUUUUUGAAUAAACUCGAAAUUGAAUUGUUAAAGUGGUUUUUGUAAAACUAUUUGAAUGGAGUGAAACUCAGCGGCUAACGAUCCUAAAAUUGCUUCUGGAAUUGGAAUUACGAUGCUUUGGGAAAAGUUGAUGGCAUCGAUGAAAUCAGAGACGCCGCGAAUGGCGAGGUUCGGCAUCUCUUCUUGUCACCAAGAAAAGAAAAUUCUUGGAGUUUAUUGCCGACAUUCUGGAAUUAACGCUGCCCUAUCGGACGUCAACAGCUAAAGUGGAAACUCGGCCACAUCGCGAAUAGUUUUAGGUGUUUGAAAACGCCAUUUACUUCAUCACUUUAAUAGGAAAUCGUCUAAUAGAACUUUUCGAAUAAGCGUUUAAGAAGAACAAUAAAAAAUAGGGUGAUCAAUUAAAUCAAUAAAAGAGGUAGCCAGUAAUAGGCCGAGUAAUGCACCACCAUCUCAGCCAUUCUUAUCAUGCCUCCGAGACAUGUCUGCGAUGGUAGACUUUCGAUUUUGCUAUUGUUCACCACGUUAUUCAUAAUCUCAGUAAUUGGAGGACCUCGAUAUAGUUCAAGAAUUGUUCAAGUGGAAACAGGUGAUAUUCGUGGUAUAAUACUCGAGUUGAACUCGAGACACUUGGAACCGGUGGAAGUGUUCCGGGGAGUACCGUACGCAGCACCACCUCUUGGACCUUUACGAUAUAGCCCUCCAAGGCCUCCUUUAUCCUGGGACGGUACCAGAUUGGCCGACACCUUCGGUGCCGUUUGUCCUCAGAAAUUUCCCGAUAUCACCAACAAAACCGCUGCUUUACUACACAUGCCCAAAGGACGAUUUCAUUACUUGAAAAAACUCGUUCCUUUAUUAGUCAAUCAAUCAGAGGAUUGCUUAUUUUUAAAUAUUUACGUACCGGGAAGUGGAAAUCGAGGUUUGGAAGCUCCCUACGCCGUUCUCGUGUUCGUGCACGGAGAAAGUUUCGAGUGGGGAUCGGGUAAUCCGUACGACGGAAGCGUUUUGGCCUCCUACGGUCACGUCAUAGUGGUCACACUGAAUUUCCGGCUCGGUCUACUCGGAUUCCUUCGUACCAGACCGACGUACGAUAAAUCGUCAAAUACAGGAGGUAAUUUAGGAAUACAAGAUAUAGCAGCCGCUUUGAACUGGGUUAAGAAAAACAUCGCGGCUUUUGGAGGUGAUACAAAUCGCGUAACAUUACUUGGUCACGAUACAGGAGCGGCUCUUGUAAAUUUACUUUUUGUAUCGCCAACGUCUAAAGGACUUUUUCAUCGCGUUGUAUUGCUGAGCGGUACCGCUUUGAGUCCUUGGGCCACUCUCCACAAUCCCGAAGCACUCAGGAUUUCUGUCGGCCAACAAACUGGUUGUUUAUCGACCACCGCACCAAACGAGGAAGAGGAUAUUGCACCUUGUCUACGAUCUAGACCUCUUCAAGCUUUAUUGGAAGCUCGUUUAGAAACUGUAAGAUUUAUGCCUAGAAUUGCACCAUCACUGCCAGUAGAUGCUGAUAGUUCUGACCCAGCAUUUUCAAUGGAGCAUAGUGAAAACUUUAUCAAGUGCGAGUUAAUGUUAGGUACAACCACAACUGAAAGUUACGCGGAUUUCAGCGAAAGCGAUAUUCAAUACGGUUUCGAGGAAGAUCAACGAAACCGCGUCUUGAGAACGUACAUAAGAAACGCUUACGUAUAUCAUUUAAACGAAAUUUUCUCAGCGGUUAGAAACGAGUACACGGAUUGGGAUAGACCGAUACAGCAUCCGAUAAAUAUCAGGGAUUCAACGAUGGAAGCUCUCAGCGAUGGACACACCGUCUCCCCAUUGAUUAGGGUUGGAUAUCUCCACGCCAGAAGAGGGGCAAAGACGUAUUUCUUCCACUUCGGUUAUCAGACGAAGGACAGCGACUAUCCCCAGCGUUUAGGUAGUGUUCGAGGUGAAGAUGUCACAUAUAUCCUAGGUCUUCCUUUAGUUGGAGGAAUGCCAUUCUUCCCACAUAAUUACACAAAACAAGAUAUGGGCGUUGCGGAAGCUGUAUUGAAUUUUUUCAGUAACUUUGCAAAAAGUGGUGACCCAAACGGACCGGGUCAACAAAAGGAAAUCCCCGAUUACGGCACUGUUCGUGAAAAGACUAGGUAUAAAGGUCUUGUAUGGGAACCGUAUGAAGUUGGGACACAAUACUACCUCAGUAUAGCUUUGAAACCAAAAAUGAAAAGUCAUUACAGAGGUCAUAAGAUGGCCGUUUGGUUAAACUUAAUCCCUCAGCUACAUCAACCGGGUGACGACGAUGUCAGCAUGCGACACCACCAUUUCCACGAGAGAGAACCCCAUUACUACGCCGGGCAAGUCCGGGCGGAAUCCUUCACGAGACUUCCGCCUCCAUUGCAUCCGGCUUCCAUGACUGAUCACCACUCGAUAGGAGACGGAACCGAGUGUAUCCCGAACACAACAGAUGAUGAAGAAUUGAUCGCAGAGGUCGCAUCAACAGAGGAAAUAGACGAAGAGGGAGAAUUAUUUCAAAAAUUAGCUACGAGGCAUUAUUAUAGUUACACAGCCGCUUUGGGUGUUACAGUGGGUGUUGGAUGUCUAUUAUUGGUGUUGAAUAUGCUUAUUUUCGCCGGGAUUUAUUAUCAAAGAGAUAGAGACAGAAGGAGACAAAGUAAUCAAAAUAAUAGGAUGUCCAGGUCGAAUUCGACACCUUCAACAGAGAAUAUUGCGUUAUCACAAAGACCGAACACUCCAUGCGGGUCGUUACGAAGAUCACCAAUUUUAAACAGAAAAGAAAACCAAGAAUAUCCCCCAAGUUACACGAUCGUUAAAAAUUACCCCGAUAUUCAAAAUAUCGAGCAAAAAAGAGAUAAAGGAGAUAAACCUCCGCCACCAAUGAGAACAUCGAGCAACCCCCCAGGCGGAACCGUUAAAAAAAGAGUCCAAAUCCAAGAAAUAUCCGUAUAGCAAUCACAGAAUGAGUGUGAACACUCACCCCAUAAUCAAAUAUCUUCAAAAUAUGACACUACCUUAGAUGGUGAUAUCCUAGAUACUUGUGAUUUAGUUUCAGUGCAAUUAUAGGGACAUGAAUGUUUGGUGGUCUACAUAGAAGAAUAAUAUAAAAUUUUUCUUAACAAAAAACUACCAUAAUAAACGUUGUGUGAUAACUCAAUGUGGUUAUGUUUUGGAUAUUUUUGUAUCUAUUGUAAAUAGUAUAAGUGUAUAUAUAACUAUAUAAAGGCAACUUUCACCAUUAUUAACGAAAAUAUACAAUCGAACGUUAUCAUAAAUAUAAUAGUCAAAUUUUUUCCCAAACAUAAAAAAAUAUAUUCCUUUAUUGCUCAAAAUAUCAAAAAAAAAA